ACUUGAACUCUGGCUACAAUGGUGGUGUCGAAUUAUCGGCUCAUUUAUCAUAGCGGGGAGCUUUUUGAACACUAGAAGAGAUGGAGAUGAGAGUGGUUGUGCUGUUUCUUGUUGUUUCUGUCAGUCUGUCUGAAGCAGCAGGAUGUAUACCUACAACUAGUCCACAGUGUUACAAAAAAUCAACUAAUCCAGACGAUGACUUUCACUGUGAAUGGGAUGAUCCAAACUCUGAGGAGAACCAGACCUACACUCUUUAUAUAUGGGACAGUGAAAAGAAAACUGCUUUGUAUGUGAACACUGGCAAUCACACAAAAAAAUUCAUUGCCUUGGAGGAAUUGGGAGUCAUCAGUAGCAAGACGGAUAUAUGGGUACAGACAAAAGUGAGCAACCUCACCUGUAAUUCAAGCAAAAUUUCAGUCAUCCUUAUUUGCUCAGUCAAAUACAGUAAACCUAACAUUGCCAGCAUGGAAAGGUCAGCUGGAAACCUGUUUCUCAGUCUGGACGAACCGAAGGAUAAUAAGAGCAUUAUAUAUGAGAUCAGAUGGAGGGAGAGAGGCUCUGAAUGGCAGAAUGCGACAUUUGAAACUAAGGAGAACACUUACAAAGAUUUAUACACACUACCUCUACAGAACCAGACUGUCUACCAGAUCCAGCUGAGGCGGCAGGCCAAACUACACUCACCUCAGUGUAAUGACUCACAUUCUCUGUGGAGCGACUGGAGCGCACUGACGGAUAUUCCCUUAGAAAUCCACGUUCCACCUGUAAUACACUUGGAGGAAAAAGUUUGGUCAAAUGGUACCAGGGAUAUUAAAAUCACCUGGGCUGCCACAUCUGCAGAAGAGACUGUUGGAGGUGUGACUUAUAAUAUGAACCUCUCUCUUUGGUCUUGUGGAAAACCCAAGAGAAUUCAACUCUCGACUUUGAAUCAAACAUUUAACAUUUCAGUAACCUAUUCAGAGGCCAGGAUUUCCAUUAUUGCAACUAACAAGGUUGGAAGAUCAGCACCACAGAAGAUCAUCAUUCCUCCUGUGAAACACCAAAACGAAUGUGUCACUUUCACAAAUAUCACCAAGGCUAAGAAAAUAUGCUUAGAAUGGUACAAGAUGGAAGACGGCGAGAUCCUACCAAACACAGUAAAAAAAUCCAGAGAGAAAUUGGCCAAGGACAUUAAAAAUGAAGUGCAGAAGUUUGUACGUCAUUAUUACAUUCUUCACGUUUUUAGCAAAAAACAUCAAACUGCUGAGAUGUGUCCCUUUUACUCAAAAGAAGGAGCACCUGUUAAAGGUCCAGGCGGUGUAAAUACUAAUGACUUGACGCACGAAUCAGUGGUGCUGAACUGGCGUCACAUUCCUGUGGCUGAGCAGCGAGGAUUUCUAAAGCAUUAUAUCAUCUGGAUAUCUGGACAUGGAAAAACAACCCUCCAUAAAGUCCCAGCAGAUAAAACCAGCUUCCUGAUCAAGAACCUCCACCCAGGGACCUCUUACACCAUUUCUAUAGCUGGAACAACAAAUGCUGGCAAAGGGCCAAACACCACGGUCAACAUUGAAACACAAAUAAAAGAAAUAGGCUUAUCAUGGCAGGACCAGACCAUCCUGAGCGUUUGCGUGGUUGCCCUCUUGUGUACUUUAAUCUGCUCUUUUGCUGCCAGGAGAUUUAAGCGUAAACUGUGUCCUGUUGUACCAAGUCCUGUGGUUGAUGCAGCAGAAUUCCUUUAUCCACAAGAUCAGGACCUGAGGCAGAUUACAGAAGAGGUGCAUGAAUUUGUUCUCCUGCUGCGUCAAGAACUCAACAAAUCCACAGAGAAUGUGACUCCCGGACAGAGCACUAUACUGCAAAACUUUGGGCUUGUCGUCUUUGAAGAGGAAGAGGAGGAAGGUGAGGAGGGUGAAGUUACUAACUUGAGCUUUAUGAAAUCCUGUUUCUAUCCAAACCCCAGUUACAGAGGAAAGACGCUACAGCUGCCAGAGCCUUUCCACUCAACAGAUAGUCCGAUAAAAGACAAUGACAACGAGUCCACAUACAGAAAUGGCCUGUUCUUUGAAACAAAAGUUCAGGAGUGUGACAAAACGUCACUAUAGUCAUGACAAAAAACGUCUGGCUUUGUGUGUAAUGAGUGCUGAUAAUGAUCAACCUGAAACAAACCUCCUCAGUCUGCAGUGUGCGUGUCUACAGCUACUGUGCAGCUACUGUAGUUAUGGUGUAUUUAGCUUUUAUCUUCAUUUGUUUGUGCCCUUAAAGUGCACCUGAGAGAUAUGACUGGAAAUAACCCAGUUCUGAGAACAGCGAAUGAUUCUCAGCAGUUACUGAGACCACAAACACACCUCCACUUUAAUGCUUUGUUGUGGUCAGUGACGUCAAAUUCACAUUCUGUCUACGUAUAAAAGCCUACAGCUUAUUGAUGUUUUUAGUAAUAGUGUUACAGUUAGUCUGCAAAUAACAGCUAGGUGCACUACCCUUUAGAAGUUUGGAAAUUCAUAGUUUCACUCAUCAGAGAUUACAUUUUUGAAGAUGGAGACCUUUAAAUUGCAAAGGAUUUUUAUUUUUUAAAGAGAUAGUUCAAAGAUUUUGUCAUCAUUGACUCAUCUUUCACUUGUUCAAAACCUUUUAGAGUUUCUUUUAUUAUAUGUUGAA